GCAGACAUCAUGAACUCCUCCUCAGCUGACCAGGUUGACACCACACCGGUGGAAGCUGCCAUGCGCCACAUCGCCAUAGUAACCAAUGUCAUCAUUCUGAUCCUGGGCGUUAGCGGCAACGGGCUGGUGGUGUGGGCCGUAGCCAAGCGGGAGAAGCGCAAAACCUUCACCUCCACCUGCUACCUCAACCUGGCUGUGGCAGACCUCCUCUUCUCGGCCGGCCGUAUCCCUGCCCUUGUGCAGGAGAUCAUGUACUCCAGCUGGCCCUUUGGCCUUGCCUUAUGCAAGCUCCACACUUUUGCCCGCUACCUCACGGUCUUCACCAGCGUCUUCGUCCUCACCGUCAUCAGCGUACACCGCUGCCUGUUGAUCGCGAGGCCCGUCUGGGCCCGCAACCACCAGGGCCCUCGCUUUCAAGUCCUGGCAUGCGCUGGGGCAUGGAUGCUAGCUCUUGCCUUCAGCAUCCCUUAUCUGGUGGUGCGCCAUGUUGAAAUAAAAAAUGGAUUGCCCUACUGUGUCUAUCGGGGAGAUCUCAAGAGAGCCACAGACCUGCCUCUGAGGCUGAGCAGGUUCUUUGGAGCGUUCCUGGUGCCCUUCAUCAUCAUCGCUGUGGCCUACUUGGUUCUGAUUUGCAAGCUCCGAGGACGGCGCUGGGAGGGCUCCCACCGCACCUUCGCUUUGGUGGCCACCAUUGUGGUUCUCUUCUUCGUCUGCUGGCUCCCCCACCACAUCUUCGUACUUCUCAGCACCGUGUCAGUAGAAAAGCACAUGUGGGGGAUUGGGCUCAAGCUGUCGAAUGCUCUGGCGUACCUCCACAGUUGUGUCAACCCCGUGCUGUAUGGCUUCGUGGGGUAUGUCCGAAACAGGGCCCUCCAUCGGCGGGCUUCUUUCUUGGGGCUCUUCCGCAAAGCACUAACUGAAGAGGAUGAGGUCUCCGCUGGGGCAGAAGCAUCACGGAGCCUUAGUCAGAAGGUCUGAGAAGCAGUGAAAUGUUGGGACAUUCUCACAGGGAAGGCUUUGCCAUGAAGUCCCCUGGCUACUUUACUUUCAGAAAAGAUGGGAGGUUGCAUUGCCUGUAACAAGAGAUCUGGUGAUCAGGAGAGCUGACAUUGAUUCUGUACCUGUGACUUCCUUGAUACCCAGAGCUGGAUCUAGGCUUUAAAUGUGCUCUCCAGAAAGAUGACUUCUGUGGGCUUCUUGCCUCCACCUAAACACUGCCCAUUUCCCUCUGCAUCUGGACCUAAUUUCAACCACUACCUAGAGCAUUAGGCAGACUAAGGCAGCUCCCUCCAGAAGCAGACUUUGGGUGUUAUGAAAACUCUAUUAUUUAGCUUAAUCAUAUUGUAUUUUUCUGUCAGAGAGGGGUGAGAUGGUUUUUGAUUUUUUGCCUCUGGAGCCAAAA